AUGCAUUACCACAGCCUGUUUACCGUCAUCGCCGCCACAGUGGCCCUCUCCCCAACAGUUUACGCGGGACCCCCAAAGAAACCGCCCCCAGAGGUCCCCAUGAAGCUUAUAGAGGUCCGCCCGAUUACCGACUUUAGGCUGAAUGCUUUUAACAAACGCGUCCCGGGUUGCGAGUUUGGGAUCUUCUACAAGUUGCUUUUUGAUGGUGAUACUUUAAUUGGGACACAAGUCGAAAGGGUUGGGAGAUCGAAAUAUUCAUGGAAGUUUGUGCCCUACGAGUUCGCUGGAUGCAAAUGGGACAAGGAGUGCAAUCCGAUUGAUAAGAACCGCUGCCAGUUUCAUGCCGACAGUAAGGAUGAUGAUGGUACAAUAAUCAAGUACUAUAAGGUUGUUGCAUGA